CUCACAUUGCUCCGCCACUCGAAUCUAUAUAUAGCUAAAGGAGCUAUGUUAUAUUCACACAGAGAGACGACGAAGUCAUACCUGCCAUUUGCUCAACCGUGAAGUCGUUUUAAAAUAGAUCAAAUUAACUGAAAUAGCAUCCAAAAUAAUUGACGCAUGUGCGUAACGGGCCUUAAUUAUGACGCGCAAUUUCAAACUCAACACGUUCUCAGUUUUAGCUCAUUAAAUGUUGUGCCAUGACGAUUAAGCCUCACAUAGCAAAGUCUAAAUCCCGUUGCCAUGGUCUAAAAAUGUUUCCCUCCUUAAAAUGCUUCAGACGUCUGAGGUUAAGGUGAAGGUGAGGGUUAUAGGUUUAGAAACGAACCUAAAGGUACAAAUUGGCAGGUUAAACAGCUUGGCGUGAAACUGGAUAUAAUGCUCUGUUUUGGUCUGCCUUGUAAUUUGGUAAUUUAACGAUUUCAGUCCACAGCCAGAUAGAAGUAACCCCACAUAAGAUCUACAAUGAAAGAGAGCCCGUUUUUAAAAUAUCCAAAAUAGCCUAAAUUGUGUCUGAACAAAAUUCCCUCUCAGUAUUUUUCCUUCCCCAUACAGCCAAAGGUCUACUUUAUAAACUCAUUGACUCAUAUAGGCUACACAUUGAGGCGUAGGCUAUCUGUCAUUUUGUGCCAGUGGUCACAUGGCUUUGGCCCUCAGGAAUGGAUAGAGAUGGAUCCCCACGUCAGCUUGUACGUCUAAGGAUUUCUGCUCCACCAGUCUGCCUCAAAGUGACUGGAGCGCAGCGCCGCGGAGGAACUAUGCGAGGAUUAUUAUAGGACGUUUCCACCAGCAGAAUAUGGAUUUUGAUGAGCGGAUCUCUGGCUCUAAUAUGUAUUUACCGAGUUGCACUUACUACGUCUCCGGAGCAGACUUCUCGGGUCUCCCUCAUUAUUUAACCCAGAGCCAGUCCUCUUGCCCCAUGACAUACCCCUACCAGUCCUCAGCGCUGCCACAGGUCCCGUCCGUGAGAGAUGUGGCUUUCAGAGACUAUGGGAUUGAUACUUCCAGUAAAUGGCACCACAGCAGGGGGAGCCUGUCACACUGCUACCCCGAUGACAUCGUGCACAGGGACGGCUGGACGAGCCCGACCUCACGGGGGGGAGAGGUCCUGGUGAAAGGCAGCUCCAGCGCCAGCCACUCCUCCAGCUCCUCCAACCCGACGCCCGGCUUCUAUGGCAGCGUUGGCAGGAACGGCGUCCUGCCACAGGCGUUCGACCAGUUCUUCGACACCGCCUACGGGAACGCAGAGAGCAGCACAACGCCGACAGCACAAGCGGCAGACGCGGACAGACACGCAGCCAAAACAAGCCCCGCUCCGGCUCACCCGGGCUCGGACACGGCGGAGAGCUGCAGCCCCAAGUCGUCCUCCGGCCACAGCGAGGAGAAACAGAGCAAAAGCAGCAGUGGCCAGAGGACGCGCAAGAAGAGAUGUCCAUAUUCAAAGUAUCAGAUCAGGGAACUGGAGAGGGAAUUCUUUUUCAGCGUUUACAUCAACAAGGAGAAGCGCAUGCAGCUCUCACGGAUGCUCAAUCUCACAGACCGCCAGGUCAAAAUCUGGUUUCAGAACAGGAGGAUGAAGGAGAAGAAACUGAACAGAGACCGUUUACAGUACUACACCACAAACCCCCUGCUAUAAACACUGAACAAAGACUGUCACUGACAUGCAGCCACUCACCCCACUCAUCAAGACUACACACGUUACCUGGACGGGAUGACGAGUUUUUUAAUGUGUCAGACUUCAUAAAGAAUUCUAAUAUUUAUACACUAUUUUGUCAUUAAACACCGUUGGCUCUAUUAUCAUUAUCAUUAUUAUUAUUAUUAUUAUUAUUAUUAUUAUUAUUAUUAUAUAGACCUGUUAUUCUGUCUGCCCGACCAAUCAACAAUUUUCCAAAUUUUAAAGUGACGUGGUUGCGUGUAUGGUUCGCUCACGCGGGAAGCCAAAUGUGUCUGAAUUCCUUUUGUAUAAUUUAAUAAUACACACGGAGAUUACUGUAAUGCAAUUUUUAAAUAUAUAUAUAUAUUAAUUUUUCCUUAAAUUCUUAAGAAUAUAUUUUUUUUGUUCAAAUUUACGCACGCACACGCAACUUUUGUGGACAGAAAUCUUGAAAUCAAACUACUGUUCGUGUUUCAUUCUUUCUCUUAAAUAUUUUAACUUUAUUGUACAAAUACAACUCCGGUGUCUGUAAAUCUGUUUUGUGUGUUUUGGAAUUACUAUUACUAUACUAUAAGACAGACCACACCUGACACUGUUGGCGGCGAUCAGCUGCCCCCCAAAAAAUACCGCUCAAUGCUGCAU